UUGAAAYUAGUGAGACAUUGUAUUGUUGGCGUGAACAUUAGUCAGUUGGAUCAUAGCUGUGCCAGAGCCAUGGCGAAACCCUCAAAACGACUGUUCGCGGUUCUCUCCCUUUUUGUUCUUCUGCAGCAGUUUUCACCAGCCUUCACUGCCGACUUGUCAAGGCAUAGAAUCAAUCACUCCAAGAAGAAGAAAACAGAUCAAGCGAAAGACAGAGAUGAAAAUAAUAAUCAAGAAAUUCAAGAAAGCAGUGAAAAGCGAUCAGCCCGGAACAAAGUACUUGGAACAGUUCUUAGAAAAUUUUGGAAGCUCAUUGGAAAAGACACUGUUAUCAAGAAGAUCAAUAUUGUUGCAGAUGUGACUUCGACAAUAACCUCAGCUGCAAGCAUUGGUAUUACCGUUACCAAAGCCAUAAGUGGAUGUACUGCUAUUGCUCCAGCACUCACAGAGAAUUGGGAUAAAUAUCAGAAAUUAGAUGAGGAAUUCCGGACACUGAGUACUACAAUCGACCAAAUCAACCUUCAAGCCGAAACUCGACAUGACUACUACAUCAACUCAAGCUUCUACGAGUACAGAAGAACCAGAGACAAACUGCAAGAGAUUGCAAAUGAAAAAGAACGAAUAUUCAAUUCACUUGGACCUGAAGUGUUAGUUAGUGCCAAAAAUGCUUCUUUCGAAAUUGAGCAACUCGUCAAAGAAAAAAACGCAACUGGUGAAGAAAUCAAAGACACUGAGAUUUAUCUGGGAUAUAAGGAGGCUCUUGACCAUGCUUUGGAAUCGCUGUUUCCAUCUCUAGGCUUGGCGUUUAAAGGAAUCAAAUACUUUUGGAAAUUGUAUCUCAGAGAUACAGUCAUUGGGAAGAAAAUCUCUGGGCUACCUGAAACCAUUAAGAAUACAAUCGUCAGUAGUCUGAGUAGCAGUGAUCCUACCAAGCCAAGUCUUGGGCAAAGAAUCAAGGCCAGUAGAAUAAUGAACACUAGAUUUGGAAAGGGCCUACAGGCAAUAGGAAACUCAGUUAAGUCUAAGUUGGUCAAAGCAGCCAAGGUCGUCAAGAGUAUUGGUAAACGACUUUUACCUCUAGCAAAUUUGGCUGGAGCGGCGUUUGGUAUAUGGAAUGUGUUCUCUCAAAUCAAGGAAUGCACAGACAUGGCUGAAAACUCAAGGGAGAGCGUAGAGAAGAUGACUGAAAUGGUAGACAAAACAAAAGAAAUUUUAAAAAGCGUGGAAGAAUCUAAUGAUGAAAUACAAUCGGCAUUCGAUGAAAUCAAUGGGUUUUCUUUUGACCAAAUAUUAUUGGAUGCUAUAAGCGAUCUGUUAAAAAUGAUGAGUGACSCCGCRAUUGUACGUGAAACGGACAACAGACAAGAAAUUAUCGAUGGAUUGCAGGCCUACAUUAAUGGCAAGGAUAUUGACAGCAAACAAGACAACAACAAGCUCAUUAUAAACAACUUGCAAAGAAAUUUGAACGAUGCCUUGCACAGCAUUCCUUUCACUCUACAAUGCUAUACUAUCAAAGGGCAGUUUUACAACAGUGUUAAACGUGACUGUGCUGAAGGUCGAGGAUCAAUGCAAAACAUAUAUGAAAGGGUGAAGUCACUCAAAGGUAUCGACGAAUCGUCCAACAAUUGUGCUGAGAGAACUGGAGAGCUGUUUCCACCGCUUGCUGAUGUCACAGCUUCCUGGGAAAAAUGGGCGUCAGAAAAACAAACUUAUAACAAGAUUUGUCUAAUGAAUGACGACUGGGUGGUGGAUAAUGUCAUAACACAACUUCAAAAUGGAAUGGAUGAKCCCAAAAAAAUCGCCGCUGCUAUCGGCAAGGACCAAGACGCAGAAGAUGAGAUCAAAGCCAUGAUUGACAUCCUUAAGGAUGACCCAAGAGUUAAUCAAGUACCARCACACAAACAACCCAUGAUCUGUUAUCUUAGAGAUCAAAUGAAUUUCAAAGCAGCUGCAGCACUGCCGAUUUUAAAUUCUAACCCUCAAGACAAACCAGUCACCGAGGAACAAUACAACAACCUAGUGUGCCCUGCAGGAAGUGACGCCAGUUCAGAUUCCAAGAAAUUCGCCAUCAAAAGAUUGAAGCUGAAGAGGAACUGUGAAARAACUGGAGAUGAAAAACCAUGAAUAAAUUGAUAUUGAAAAUUUUGCAUGAAAUCCUUAGUUUAGAUUGCUUUUCGCUACGACGGAUGGUUUGCAUUGGAAGACCAAGCCGCUAUCGUCCAAGCGUUUGAGGUUGUUAGUUAAACCCUCUCUCCCAUUAUGGAAUGUAAGACUUAAUAAAUUGAGAAAUAAAAGAAUUCCGGCAUUAA